AUGCUGUGCGACGACACAGCUAUCCGACGGUAUGUUAUCCAAAGGAAUGCAUUGGUUCAACAGGAGAGAAAGCAAAGACAUGACUACCAUAUCCUACAGCGUCCUCUGUCCGCAACAGUCGUACAAGCAUGCAAUAUUGUCUCUGACAUCCGGGUUCGAGAGUUGACGCAUGACUUGAAUGUGAGCGUUGGAGCUCCGUUCAAUCCGGUCAAGAGCCCAAUACAGUCCACAAAUCUGUGGAAGAUAGUGCGCCGGAUGCCCAAAGGGUCGCUUCUUCAUGCCCAUCUCGAGGCCAUGUUUGAUGUAGAUCACUUACUUACGCAGUGCUUGGCUACCCCGGGGAUGUAUAUAUGCGCUGAGGGAGCUAUAGUCUCGCCGGUAGAUUUCGAUAAGGAGCCCUUCUCCUUUCGGUAUUGUUCCGAGGCCCCUACGAGGAAAGCUCCAAUCUGGGCCCCAGACUACGAGUCUGGGUCAUUGAUCCCAGUCACUUCUGCGGCACACUCAUUUCCACACGGUGGUGAAGCAGGAUUUCGUUCUUGGGUGAAAAAGAGAUGUACUAUCGGGGCUGACCCUUCUGGCAACCUCCAUGAUGAGGCGGACGCUGUUUGGGAUCGGUUCAAGCAGAUCUUCCCCAUUUUGAUCAGCAUGGCGUUUUACGAGCCCAUUUUUCGCUGCGCUUUACACCGACUAUUUAGAGAGCUAGCUGAUGAUGGUAUCCAAUACGCAGAGUUCCGUAUGGGGUCAGCGAUUCCUUUUCAGCGGGAAGCACAAGAUGUACCGGAUGAGGACCAUUUAUAUCUACUAGAGGUUGUGCGGGAGGAAAUACUGGCGUUCCAAAAAACCCAGGCAGGUACGAACUUCUACGGGGCUCGCAUAAUAUACACAGCGCCCCGGAUCUCUUCAGAACAAGAGUUAGUGACUAGGAUGGAACGCUGCAUUCGUGCCAAACAGCAGUUCCCCCAGCUCAUCUGCGGGUUCGACCUUGUGGGGCAAGAAGAUCGGAGAGCCCUCCUUGACCUCGUCCCGGUCCUGCUGUGGUUUCGUCAACGAUGUGGCGAAGAAAGGGUCGAAAUCCCGUUCUUUUUCCACGCAGGCGAAUGUCUGGGCGAUGGAGAUGCAACCGACCACAAUCUAUUUGAUGCGAUCCUUCUGGAUUCACGCCGGAUAGGCCACGGGCUUUCUCUCUACAAACAUCCGCUGUUGAUUGAUAUCGUGAAGGAGAAGAACAUUUUGAUCGAAUGCUGCGUCGUCUCAAAUGAGAUCCUACGCCUGACCAGCUCGAUCCAAACGCAUCCUCUGCCAGCGCUUCUGGCAAGGGGGGUUUCAGUUUGCCUAUGUAACGAUGAUCCGGCGAUCUUCGGGCAAGGGAUGAAUGGGCUGACUGUCGAAUUCUGGCAGACUUUGCAGGGGCUUGAGAACAUGGGGCUGGCGGGCUUGGCUGCCAUGGCUCAGAAUUCCAUUCGAUGGAGCUGUUACGAGGACCUAUCCUCAGAGGAUUGGCGGUCACAUCUGCAGAACUCUGAAAGUGAGGGUAAUGGGUUGAAUGCAACUCGUCUUCACCAAUGGAGGACGCAGUUCGAAGCGUUCUGUAUGUGGAUUGUGGACGAGUUUGGCCCGAAUGGGACAUCCAGCUGA